GAUGGCUUCAGCAAGCUGGUGGAAAGAAACAGAUGAAAAGAUCAACUACACCAAGCUUUGUAGGUUGCUAGUCGAUGGAGGAACACAAGCAGUUCGUUCUGUAUUUGAUGGUAAAUAUUCACCAUCUUCAUUGAAAGCCUUCUUAAAUGCUUACAAGACAGCACUACAAAAGCUGAGAGGGAAAGUACUGAAUAACGAGCAAUGGGACAAACUCUAUCCACCAAGUGGGAGCGACCCUAAAUCUAAAGACUUUGAUAUCACUUUACUGUUUGUUCUUCUAAGAAAUAUUUGUGGACUUACACGACCAGCAACUGGAUGGGAUGUCUUACCACCUGUAGCAGACAACUCACUAGAGGCUAACCUUGCCAGGAUAAAGUACUACAGAAACAAUACAAUAGCACACAAACCAAACACUGACAUCAAUGAUGCUGACUUUGAAAAACACUGGCAAGAUAUCUCAUCUGCUCUUCUAUCACUGGGACUUGGUCAAGAUGACAUAGAUGAUUUGAAGUCUGCUCCUUUGGGAGUGAAAGACUACAACCAGUUACUCAACGAUUGGUAUAUAGACCUCAAAGACCUCAAGUCAGACACAUCGGACACGGCAGACAUCAAGUCGGACACGGCAGACCUCAAGUCAGACACAGCAGAUAUUAAAGAUAAACUAUAUCAAUACAUCAAAGCACGACCAAUGAAUCAAGAGAUCCCACAGCUGGCUACUUCAGAAUUUGGACCAGAAAUAAAUACAAAAUGUAAGUGUUACCAUCCAAACACCCGUCAGUGGAUUCUAGAUCAAGUCAAAUCCCAUGUUGACAGUGACUACCCAGACUCGUGUAUAAUGCUGAUCACCGCUGGUCCAGGUAUGGGCAAAUCAACUCUUGCUGCUAAGAUCUGUCAGACAUACAAGGAUCUUGGAUGUCUUGCAGGAUGUCACUUUUUUCAGUUCAGCAAUGAUACAAGAAACAAUCCAAGGUUGAUGUUGCAGUCCAUAGCAGAGCAGAUGCGUGGCACUGUUCCUGGUUAUCUAGAGGCCUUAGAAACCAAACUGCAAACGGAUUUUGGCAAGAAGAUAUCCGAGAUGAACUGCGAAGAGCUGUUAACCAUUUUGCUAGAGGAACCAUUGUGUAGCGUGGAACAAAAAGACUCUAACUUGGUUGUUGUUAUAGAUGCUUUAGACGAGUGUUCACAUGAUCCAAAAGAUGAACUACUGAAGGCACUGAGGAAAAAACUCCCAUGUUUCCCUUCAUGGCUUCGAUUUAUUCUAACCAGUAGACCAUCAACAAAUACCAUCUCUGCACUUGGUUCAAUUGUUGCUGUAGAAAUAAGACCAGAAGAUCAAUCUAAUAUCAAAGAUCUUAAACUUUUUUUCAGCCUGGAGCUUAAAGCCCUCUAUCCACAAUGCGACAGUGACGAUAAAGCGUAUCUUGUAAAGAACCUAGUUAAAAUGACAAAAGGUUUGUUCUUAGUGGCUUUCUUUGUCAUCGACUAUUUGAAAAGAGAAAACGUUGCAUCAGCAGAGAAGGUUUUGGAGCUGUUUCCUAAUGGAAUCUCAUCAGUUUAUGAGAAUUAUUUCUCUCGUCUUAAAGAAGUAUUACUACCUUACAUAUCAGACAAGGAAGGGUUCUACAAGAUGCUUGAAGCUGUUGUGGCAACCAAAAACCCUUUGCCAAAGAACAUGUUUUACAAUAUUCUUUGUCUCAAGAGCGAGCGUGAAGUGCCACGCGAAGAGAAAAAGAAAAGAAAAGAUGCGUUGAACUCACUUCAUUGGUUGUUUCCUGUUGAGGGUGAUCACGUGACAGCAUUUCACAAGUCAGUAUUUGAUUGGUUGAUUCUUGAAGAAGAUGAAGAACAUGACUUCAGUGUUCGUGUAGAAGACGGGAAAGAAGUACUUGCCAGUCAGUGUAAUGAUGUCCUGAGUGACAUACGAAACGGAAAAAAAGAUCUGGACAAACCGUUGUAUCUUACAGACAGUGAGAAGUAUGCUCUAAGAUUUCUUUGCCACCUUGUAGAUAAACGCUCAUCAGUAGUCAAAGCAGAUAAGUAUGGAUUCUUUUCGAACAUUUAUCUCCUGACUGCAUUAAGGAUGGAAAACAUCAACUUUGCCAAUUCCAUUAGUGGCUGUGAUAUCAUAUCUAGUUCUUUACUGGGAAUAAUUAAAGAUUUAACAUUUGGUUUCCCUAUGAAUAGUAUGACUCACGUCCAUCCUCUUAACUUUUUUCGUCCCAUUUCAUUUGGUCGUUACCUUGCAUUCUUUCUUCAAGCAGCACAUGCGAAGGAAGUGAUUGUCGAAAUAACGCCAAAACCACUUUUCCCUUAUUUUGAUGAAAAGAGUUUAUUGCAGAAUCUGCCCAUAGCAAGGAAAGGACCGGAAGAACACUCAGUUGCUGAAUUAUCUUCCUUACAAUAUCUACUUAAAUGUAAGGAUGGAUUUACAGCUGUUCUACCUAUUUCUUGUUCAAAUUCACUGUCAACUGCAGUAUAUACGUUCCACCUUGAUGGACGCUGUAUCACGUCGAAAUCCUUUCCUGGCAAAAGGCUCAUAACCACCUCUCCGAACAUCAACUUCAUCGUUGUUGCCCAAGAAAAUGGGAACAAGAUUGAGAUAUUAGACGCGACGACACUUGAAGAGGUCAGUCAAUACAAGUCUCCUCAUGAUGCAAUACAAACAUGUCACGUGUUUGGAGAUGAUCAAGGCUGCUUUGUUGUCAUCAAGGGUUGUCAUGACAACAAGGUCUACGUCAUUAAAGGACUAACGGGACACGUACAUAACACCAUUACAGUGAAUGAAGAUAGUACUGUAAUGGACGUUAGCUGCAAAGGCCAUAUUUUGGUGUCAAGAACAUGGAAGCGCAAUGGGCCAGAAAAACGAAAUACUUUUAGUAUUAGAGAUUGGAUUGAUCAUGAGCCGUUUACAUACACCCACCGAGAACUGCUCCUGUAUCACUAUGACAGGGCAGAGCGACCCAUUCGCAUCUACCCAUAUACACUAGUAGAAAAGAUGAGCAAUCGUCCGUUUUACCACUUUUCGCGUAGACGUACUGUAGAAGACGUAAUUCAUUCUGAAGAUGGUCGCCUUCUUGUAUACCAUCAUGAAAAUUCCAUAUUUAUAGUGAAGACGUCAGAUGGCUCUGUGUUUAAACAAUGGGCAUGUGACGUAUGGUCGCUAGCGUGUCCUGACUUUUUGUUCCUAUCAYGGUCAUAUCUCGUGAUCACUGAUUUUAAUUUCAUGUCCGUGAUAAACGUCCAAACAGAUACGGUUGAGCACAGAAUCUAUCUUCCUUAUCCUAUUAUGUCAAAAACGAAACAAUACCUUCUGUUACCAGAAGGAGAUGGGAAGUCCUUCAACUUGAUCAGCAAUCAUUUCAAACCUGUUCAUGAAGUGUCAAGACUUGUGUUUCAUAAUUUAAACCUUCGAGGUCUUCAAUAA